UGUCUGGAUGUAUUAGAGAACCAUCCUGGGGGUAACUGUCAAUCACUAACCCCAGUCCCAGUCUGCCACAGGGAGAAAGCCAGAAACACCGAGAGCUCAGACAUCUCAUCUGGAACAUUCCUGUCAAGAAAAUAUCAAAGCUGCUCAGAAUGGCAGCCCCAAACCCAGCACUCCCAGAAUCCUUCACCCCUGGGCCAGAUGGUGUUUACAUGGACCGGCUGGGCUUCUACUCGCUGGAUUCCAAUGUCCCCGGUCUGUCCAAAGUCAUCCUUGACAAACUUAAAAUGAAAGACUACUCCGACUACAGAGAUGCUCUGGAAGGGAAGAGGAAGGGCCUUGCCUUCCACUCCUACAAGGAGAUGUUCCGGAACAUGGAGGAGACCUUCAUGUUCUGUGUGAGCUGCAGAAAGCUCCCAUGUCAUCUCUCAGAAGGGCAGACACUCAAACGCUGUGCAAAGUGCCUCAAUGUAUAUUACUGCGGUAAGGAGUGCCAGAAGGAAGACUGGCCAAAGCACAAGAAGUUCUGUAAGCAGCUCCGCCUUGUAGCCAUUGACAGGCUGGUCGAGUGGUUGCUGUUCACAGGAGACCUUCCUUUUCCCACGGAGCAGUGGUCACGGCCUGCGGCCGACGUGAAGAGCUGGGAGGACUGGCUCUCCAUGCAGGGUGACCUGGAUCCCCGUCUCGAUACCAUCUUGUCUGGGUCCCACAUGAAGGAUUUGUGGACCGACGCUUGUCGGCCUCGGCCAGAGGACGGCGACUUACGGGAGUCGGUAUGGCGGGUGACGACCGAGUUCUUGUCCAGGCCCCUCACGCUGGGCCUGGGUCUGCGCUUGUUUGGUCUCGACCCGUAUUCCCGGCCCCUCACCAUUCACCUUGCAGGAGCUUCCCACAAUGAGACCAUGGGGGCACGUCUCACUGACCUGGAUGAACUGAGCCGCAUGUUCCCUGGCCACCAGGGCCUGGAGGUGGUUAUGGUGGGACCAGAGGUGGUAGAUGGACCCAUUAUGAGACCCCCUCUUACGGCCUUUGGACCCCGAGGGAAAGUCUACAUCAGCGCCUACAAGGGCCUUUACCAUCAAUUCUGGGAGGAUCUGGUGGAGAAGCAGGAAGCAGCCAAGCCUGAUUUAGUGGUGGGAUUCCAUCCAGGGUUUCAUGCCACCCAAGGUCUUGGGGAGGGCUGGCUCCCCACCCUGCUGCUCCUCCGCGACUACAACAUCCCCUCAGUCUUCACCAUGUUCAAUGAGCAGGAGCUGAACUACUCGCUCCAGAUCUUGACCGAGCUGGAGGUCCACAUCAGAGGAAGCGGAGCGAACCCCUUUGCCUCCCUGAAGCCGGAGCAGGUCCAGUCCUGUCCCAACAAGAGCCCGGUGCGCUGCAACGCCCACUUCCUCUACUUCCAGGGGCUGCUGGAGCGAGAAGAACACGAAAGAUGUGGCUGAAGCGACAGGUGUGCUCUUCGAUGCAGGAAAAACAACCAGCCACCAGCUGAUGAAAUGAAUCCACUUCUGCUCGUAGACGGCCCUGCUCUUGUUUCCCACUGUUUCUAAUGUCCACAUCUUCGCAGCAAUAAACAUUUCUUUCCAUUAUGUCCUGGAGAAAUACAGAUUUUUCACUCUCAAAGUAGCAAGAAUAUACAGUACUCGGAAUCAUGCAUAACAGGAAGGUUCUUGUUUUUCCAAACUGUGUUUUUCUGCAUUAAUAUGUUCUGGUCCAGGUCCAUUUUCACUGCACUGUUUCCCUUAACUUUGAGUUGAUGAGAACUGCCUUUCUGGAAGGUGAAGCAGCAG